ACUCCACCACCAGCACCGGCUCAUCCAGAGCAGCCUCUGCCCGGGACAGGAGCCCGAUCGGUCGGCCUGUGAGCUGAGGGAGACGCCGCAGAGCCUCCGGACUGAAGACGUGCGUCUCAUUACCACAGUCAGAAAGGCGAAGAGGAGGAAGGAUGGAGAUCAUGGAAUCCCCGGAGGCCCCCGUGCCCCUGACAGCUCUGUCCCGCUGGUACCUCUACGCCAUCCACGGCUACUUCUGUGAGGUCAUGUUCACCGCCGCCUGGGAGUUUGUGGUGAACUGCAACUGGAAGUUCCCCGGCGUGACCAGCGUGUGGGCGCUCUUCAUCUACGGCACCUGCAUCCUCAUCGUGGAGCGCAUGUACCUGAAGCUGCGCGGCCGCUGCCCCGUGCUGCUGCGCUGCAUCAUCUACACCCUGUGGACCUACCUGUGGGAGUUCGGCACUGGGCUGCUGCUGCGCCAGUUCAACGCCUGCCCCUGGGACUACUCCCAGUUCCGCUACAACUUCAUGGGGUUGAUCACGGCCGAGUACGCCGUGCCCUGGUUCUGCGCCUCCUUCAUCGUGGAGCGCCUGGUCAUCCGCAAUACGCUGCGACUGCGCUACCACGAGGGGCCCAAGGACGGCUGGUCGGACCAGGGGUCGGACGCAGGGGGCGGAGGAGGAGCAGGAGGAACUCUGGGAGCUGGGAGGAGGAGCAGAGGGAUGGGAGAUAGCUCUAACGGUUACCUUAAAGUGGACUAAACAGAAGGAAGGACACAGUCUCGCCUGUCCUCCUCAGCCACAGGGACAAGCAGUCCUCCUCACUAACUCUCUGGGGACAACACAAUCAGCUGUGUAGACCGGGCUGGUGUGUGGAGGUGUGUCAGAUGAGCCCAAAAAAAAACAAAGAAACCUGUAACUGGGGCUCAAAACGCCCAAAUCACUCACUACUGUCAACAGAGGCACAAUAACAUCCAGGUCUUCACCCACCAGGACAACUUUCUCGUUUUCGUUCUGUCCCAUAGACUGCAAACUGCUGUGGACUCAAAACUAGCAGAAGAUUUGUGUUACCGUUGUGAGUCGGAACAAGACCAACAUGUACUUGGGUUUCAAGGACACAUCAGUCAAUCUGAAAGCAGAAGGAAAAGUAGCUGCGGUGAUAACACAACUUUUGUUAAAUGUACACACUGCUCUUUAGUAUUAAUCAAAGUACUGUAGUAAUGUAGCUGCAAAAAGCUCUCAGAGAACACGAAGUCCGCCCUGAAGCAACAAGUCGGCUUAUGAAUGUUUUCUGCAGUGAGUGAAUACCCACAAUGCCUGGAUGAAAUGCAUGAAAAAAAAAUUGUCUUCCAAUAUAUUAUAAUACAUUUCUACUGAUUCAGCGGUUGCACUGCAAGUCUCGGAGGUGAGUCUGCUGUGUGGGGGGGUGUUUGGGCCCAAUGGGAGGAGGUGGAGCUGGUCGACUAGCUACAUGGUCGAUGCUCCUCCUGGUAAGAAGAAAAAACCCAAACUCCGAUGAACAGGUAAAUGCACGGCAGCUUCUUCUUCAGCUUCUCUCUCAAAUCAAACACAGUCCAUUCACUACGACAGCAGGGACGCCUUUCUGUUGAUGAGUCAGGACCAUCGGGAUUAAUCACCAAACCUCCGGCUUCUGAUUCAUCUUUUCACAAAGCCUAUUUGUUAUUGACUCACUGUCUGCGUCUAAUUCAUCCACAGUGAUGUCGUCUCAGAUCUGCUUCAUUUCUCAAUUCAACCGUUCAUUCCUUUGAAAUCAGAUAAUUCACCUGUCGGACAUGUUUGUUUUGUUUGUCAUGGACUGUGAGAGGAAACUCUCUCCACACUGCUGAAUGUCCUGCUACACUUUGAAUACGACAGCAAUAGUUGCAGCUAAAUGACCGAAAUCUGCUGAAAAUAAAAUUUCAGGUCCAUACUUCACAUUCACAGGCUCAGUUUGUCCAUUAGAGCAUUUUGUCAAACUAUUUUUGGUUGUCUGGUCUUUUGUUUUUCAAGUUUAUGAAGCAAACUUCCAGUAAAUGUGAUUAUUUAAUGAAGAACCCUUUACAUAUCAUAUGAUAUAACAAGUGACUUCAAUUUACUGCUUGUUUCUUUCCCUACGUGCAUGUGAAGCCACAAUAGACUCGGUUUCCUCAGUGAGAAUUGAACCUUUGUGGUAUUUGUCUGGACUUUGACUCUGUGUGUGUUUGUGUGUGAAACGCUGCAGAGGUGAAGUCGCAUAUAAUCCUUAAGAGCAACUGUUUAACCAGGAGCAUUAUCUCAACCGCACUGAUGACCUACACGUCAGAUAUACGGUGCUUCAAGCAGAUGACGACACAUAGAUAAAAAGUGUUGUGUGACCUUCAUCGGUGCGGCAGUGUUUCCCUCCUCUGCCUCAGUGGAAACCCACAGGAUGGACGUGUUAGCUAUCAAGGAUGAAGUGCUGCCACCCAGUGGGCAAUUCGUAGACUACAACUGGAGGGGCCUAUCAGUUUGGAAGGAAUGACAAUGAACUACAAACAUAUGAAGAUCAAGAAUCACUGUUAGGAUGAGGACUUUUUGUUUUUUGUCUCGGUGCCUGUCACGUUUCUAUUUAGUUUUCAUUCAUAACCAAACAGGCUUAAAAGCAAUAGAGGUUUCUGACCCAACAAACAACACAACAGCAGCUCAAGGCGUUUUCCUCUUUAUUCAGAAAUCUACUGAUAUGCAGCAAAUAUCUUUGUCCAAUUCUACUGCUACAUGCAAAAUGAAGUGUGUCUGUUUCCCUGCAAUAUGUGAGUGGAGGAGUAUUAAGUGAGAGUGUGUGUGAUGUGUUGUACGGAGACACACGUCUGGAUGUGUAUGUGCAUGUUGAGUAAUAUGAUAAAACUGAACUGAAUCUCUGGUAUUUUUACUGUGAGGCUGCAUGACCCCAAAGUUUUCAAUUUCUCCUUCAAACUCGGACUUUACCUGAGUAGUCAUUAUCCCCAUGUACUGUAAUGGUUCUUUGAAUUAUUUAAAUAAGAAUGUACGGGUUCUUAGUCAAACCACUGUACUGUAUAUCACUCACUUUGAUUAUGUCCAUGUAUGAUUUAUCAGAA